GACACGUUUCUUUUUUUCAGAGGGGACCCAAACGAUCUCUUGCUUGGGACCACUUUGCGGAAGUCCAACUUAAUGGCAGAACAGUAAAGGUCCAAUGCAAGCACUGUGAAAGGUACCUCUCCUUCAACAGAAACACUUCAGGAAUGGUCAGACAUCUCGAUACAGUGCACAACAUCACCAUUAAUGUCAAAUGAAACAUGGGAAGAUUUAGGCAGGCGAAAAUCAACGAGAUAAAGGAGAGACUUAUGAAGAUUUUGUGCAUUUGGAAGAGCUGAUUGUGGCUUGUUUUUAACUUUUCUACCAGUAUACAAACAAAAAAAAUGAGAGCAAAAUGGAAUUGGAAGAAACCCUAAAUAUAAAAGAGGAGUCAUUGGGGGUCGCAGCUGCAGCUGUGGCAGCGACCGCAUUGUUGUGCCCUUAUUGUCGCCGGGCCUUCAUGUACCGCAGUGAUUUAAGCCGGCAUGUGAGAACACAUACGGGAGAGAAGCCUUUCACCUGCCCUCACUGCUUGUAUAAGGCAUCCCAGAAGUCGCACCUCCAAGAACAUAUCAAGAGGCGGCACUAUGAGUUAUAAAAUGAUAAGUGUGCACAGUGGAGCUGGAAAGAGAACAUAGAGGAGUCAUUCUCCUGAAUUCUCGGAACAUAUAUUUUAUGAUAUUAUGAAAGCCAAAUACUUAGAUGUUCUUUUGAAUGCCAAACAUGCUAAUAUGCUUAGCAUGGGGAUUGUUGUCCCUUGGAAGUGAUUUUCUUGUGUAAAUGUAGUGAAAGAGAAUUUUUUAAGUGAAAUUAUAAAAAAAAAAAUUGUAAAAGUGCUACAAAAGAAAAUAUAGAAAAUGAACAGCCAUGGUGCAGGUGAGACCAAAGGGUAUGCACUGAAUUAUGAAUCAAAUUUUUAUUUAUUUAUUCAUUUAUAUAUUUAUUUAUUCUUAAUGGGUUUCUCUUGUGUCUUGGGCCAGACAAGUGUAAGAAAAUGAUGAUUGUAUGAGGACAAUUACAAUUAUCAGUUGUAAUUACAUGACACAGAUUACUUGACUCAGUGCCACUAUGAACAUGUAUUGUCCUUUGUAGCACUGCGAAAUGUAUAUAAGCAUAGAUGGCUCCACAAGUGUAAAGACACUUGCGUUAUUAAUAUUGAUUCUGUUAUUGUUAUUAUUGACAUUAUGAUUAUUACAGUGCUCUUAACUAAACCAAUAACAUUAUAAAAGAUUGAUGGAAUAGUUCCAAAGAUCAGAAUAAAGGGUAAACAAGUGAGCAAAACAGGAUUAGUAAUUGAUUCCUUGGUGUCUAAGCACUAACGGAGCUAUGUAUGUUUAAAUACAAUUAAUAAACUAAACCAAAUGGAGCACAUGGUGUGUACAUAAAUUCCAUCCAAAGUGGCAUGGGAUUUAACACUGAUUGUAUAUAUUGUGUGCAUAAAAGGCAGACAAUGAUUAAGGAUUGACAUAUAUCCAUAAUUAUACAUAGAUGUCCAUGAUUUACUCACACACACACACUCAUUUCAAAGCACAUGCAGGUGAACAUUUACUUAAUCAUGUACAUGCAUACACACACACAUACAUGUACACAUACAUACAUGUACACACACAUA